AAAUCCCUCCGUUCUUCCCCUCCGGGCCCUCCCGUCCCCUCCCCAUCUCCAUCACCACGUCCCCUCCCCUCCACCGUCUCUCUCUGGCGUUCUUUUCCCGCUGCACAGGAGGAUGGACGCGUGAGACUCGAGUCUGCCGACGAACUCGACACCAUUCGCGGGUUGUCCAUUUCCUUUUCAUUAUGGUUGUGAGCUUGGUUGAUUAAUGGCAUCAUCUGUAAAUAUAAAACCUGGCAUACCAGUUGUUCUGCAGGAGCUAGAGCCCUCUUCACCACUGUUUAAGCAAGGUGCAUCUCUUCGAGUUACGGGAAAGCUACAAGCGUACAGUGUGGAAACGGCUAUUGCAGUUGUUACUGAUGGGGGUGUCAGCCUCAAGAUUGAUACCCAGCACUUGAGAGACACCAGUUUCCGCAUUGGCUCCAUCUACCAGUUCAUUGGUGAACUCCUUAUUCAGCCAGAUAAUGAUGCAAUCCUGCAAGCACGUGUUGGCAGGAAUGUGGAUGGUAUUGACCUCAACCUAUACCACCAAUCUCUGCAGCUCCGUAGGCAAUUUGAAAAUUGAACUAGUCAAUUCAAGGGCAAAUUAACUCGAGAACUUUCAAUGUAUGGGAAGCAAUCAAGGUUUGGUCAAUGAGGACGGCUCAUGGUAUGAUGUUGAAAUUGGAAAUUAGUUACUUAUGGAAUAAGCUACAUGUUAGGCUAUGUUUGUUGAACAGCUACUAUGGAUAUGGAUUUUUUCUUGCUGUUUUCACUGUUUUAUGACUUAUCAAUGCUGCCUCUGAGACAGGUUUCUUCUCAUCCAGUUGAUGCAAUGAAUUUUAUUUGGCCUGCA